UGUUACUUUAUGAAUCUCUAAAGUCGGAUAUUAAAAUGGAUAGAAACUAAAUUAGACUGUAUCAGUUGAUGGAUUUUACAGCGAACGCGGAGAGCAAAAAUUGGGGACAGAAUCCAUCUCGCUUUCUGAUAAAAAUUAGCCGGACACCAUUUCGUUUCUUUCCCCUGUUCUGAUUCUCACUCCGACUGGUUCUGCUGUUGAUUGACCGUAAAAUGUUGAUUUCGCUGGCUUCUCGAUUCCCAAUCCUUGUAAUGCAGCAGACCCGCUCCGACUCCAACCCUCGGCGCGGGUUUGGAAACAAGGAAGACAAUAAAGCCAACAAAGCUGGCAACUCGAGCAACCAGAAGGGUAGGGUGUCACAACCAAGGAAACCAAUUCCAAAACAAUCCAGUACAGUACCCACACAGGCUCCUGCUGUGACUUCCCGUUACGAUGAAAAUUCUUAUAACAAAUCUUUGGACCCUUCAUUUGAAAAACGACUAGAAGCAGUUAAAAGAUCAGCACUUGAGAAGAAAAAGGCAGACAAUAAAAAAGAAUUUGGAGCAAUUGACUAUGAUGCACCAGUGGAACCGGAAGAGAAAACAAUUGGACUUGGUACCAAGAUUGGAAUAGGUGUAGCUGUUUUGGUCUUUGGCUUAGUUUUUGCUCUCGGAGACUUUCUGCCCUCUGGAAGUAUCAGUCCUGUUGAGGAUUCUGUGGUGGUAGAUAACAAACUAUCGAAAGAAGAAGAAAGUAAUCUUCAGAAUAUGCUCAAAGAAUACGAGGUUACACUUCGUAGCAACCCAAAAGAUCCAACUGCUAUGGAAGGGGCGGCAGUUACCUCAGCUGAAUUGGGUAAAUAUGCUGAAGCAGCCUCUUUGCUUGAAGAUUUGAUAAAGGUGAAGUCAGAUGAUUCUGACAUUUUCCGCUUGCUUGGGGAAGUAAAAUAUAAACUUAAAGAUUAUGAUGGGAGUAUUGCGGCAUACAAGAGUGCCACAAGGAUAUCUGAAGAUGUCAACUUUGAGGUUCUGCGUGGUCUUACAAAUGCGUUACUUGCUGCUGGGAAACCAGAUGAGGCUGUUCAAUUCCUUUUGGACUCCCGUGAACGUCUUAAAAGUGUACCAUUAGGAAGUAUGGCUGAGGGCGAGAAGAUGAAAACAAAAUUACCGAUUGAUCCUGUUCAAGUUGAGUUACUGCUUGGAAAAGCGUACUCAGAUUGGGGACAUGUUAGUGACGCUGUAUCUGUUUAUGAUCAACUCAUCACCAGUCACCCUAAUGAUUUCCGUGGUUACUUAGCUAAGGGAAUUAUUCUGAAGGAAAAUGGCAGCGCUGGGGAUGCUGAGAGGAUGUUCAUCCAAGCCCGAUUCUUUGCUCCGGAGAAUGCUAAGAUGCUUGUAAACCGGUAUUCUAGAUGACCUUAGCAUCCCAUAUACACAAUUAUCACCACAAGGUUUUUGGUUCAACAAAAUAUAUGUUCUAUUAUUUGCGAAAUUCUGAAUCACAGAAUUGAAAAACAUAAAGGGUGCGUUUUGGUGAUGUAAACAAUUUAUUGAAUAGCAAGUUGUAUUUCAUGUCAAUCUUAACAAACUUAGAAAUACAAAGGCCAAUCCUUUUGUUUCAGUCAUAAGCCAAUUAUGAAUAUUGAGA